AUGGGAAUGCUGGAUACUGACCAUAGAACACCGCGUUCGCCUAUCUACGACCUGCCCUGCGAACUGCGAGACACGGUCAUUGACUUGCUAUAUGAAGACCACGGAUCGCUGAAGGCCUGUAGCCUGACGUGUCGAUCGUGGCUCUCACGCGCACGCUACCACCUCUUCCGUACCAUGUCCAUAGACAGGGGACGCACGGGGGACGCGUUUGCCCGUCUGCUGCGAUCAUCACCUGCGAUCUCCGCCUACGUCCAGAACAUGGAUAUCAAUGGCAGUCAGAGUCAAUGCAGCUGGUGGAACACUGACAGCCGCAAGGGCAUGUUCUCCUGGCCAACCUUGGGUCCACCCACCCGUGCACAUACCGAAACCGACCUAACAGAGGCCGACACAUGGCUCCGACGCAUUCUCCCCGAGGACAUGCACCUCCUGGCGAAAGUGAAAUCCUUGAGGAUCUCAGCGUUACCUCUGGGCGGUGGUCUCACCAUCACUCUCCAGCCUCAUUUCAAACAAAUCAAGGUGUUGUCUGUCGAUGGAUGCAAGGCCCUUGCAUUCAGCGAUUUCAUCACGUUCCUUCGCGCGUUUCCUCGCCUCAAGUCACUUCAUCUGCUCGCGAUCCAAUGGCUACCGAGGAAUCACAAUCAGGGCGAGGGACCUACUCAGCCCCUCCCUCUAUUGCGGUCUCUCGAGCUGUCUCACAAAGUAGACGCCGCACCGUUUGUGUCGUGGAUGAUUGAGGAAGAAGCUCAUACCGAGCUUACGUCGCUCAAUUGUUCUAUAUCCGGACAACAAUGCGCGUCAGCUAUCAGUCGGCUUCUGAAGGCACUGGGAGCUACGCUAGGAAGUCUUGUGAUUGUGUUUCGUGAGACUGGGGAUGGAGCAGAUAUUCUCCGCAAGAGCGCGCUCGAAUUAACCCAUUCAACCGGGUUGCAGAGCAUCCGAAUCCAAUGCUCUACCGUCUGUUCCACACUACUACAUUCAUCCUACCGACCUUCCCUUUCGUGGAUCGUAAUCUUACUCGCCACCGCGAACUCGAUACAUCUCAAGGAACUCACGAUCUCGAUCAGCGCAUCCGAUCUCUGCGCCCUAAACAUGGAAGGCCUCGACGUCGUGCUCGCGCACGCACGCUACGGCGGCCUGGAGCGUGUCGUCUUCGAGAUCGACUUCCAGAAGCACCCGGUCGACCACUCUCAAAUUUCGCGCGUUGGCGCGCGGAUGACCACCGUGAGGAAGGGAGGUCUUCUGCGGUUCGUGACUUUCGGGGAUGAUGGUGUCUGA